CCUACGGUGGCAAGAGGAAAAAGCAAUACAUACCCUGGAAUACAUACCCCAGAAAGAAUAGAUUGGAGGAAAAUAAAUCAAGCAAGGAUGGUGUUUGGGAGCAGACAGAAGAGAGAGGUGCCGUCCUCACUAUUCGCCCGCCAGCACUGACCUAUUACAUCACGGAACUCUGUUCUGGGCAUCUGUCUGACCAACAGAAGUUAUUCAUUUUAUCUUUUAGAUGUUGGAACACUGUACCUUCCCUUGAAAUGGAAAGAACUGCUGUGCCGUAAGGGAUAGGGAGAGGCAGUUGGAAAAUUUGGAAAAGAGAGCAAAAUGGAGGAAGUGGAACGCAGGAAUAUGUAUUUUCGUUUUACUUAGUAUCUCUCUCCCCCGGCUAUCUGCCUUUUUAUUGUUCCUUUCACACCUCGCUUAUCGUCAUACAGCUGUCAUUAUUGCAGCAGUUUCAUGCACGUCACUUUGUGGUGAUUCUUAAGGUCAAGUUCCAGUUUCCAAGUCAAGUUCAGCUGUUUGCUUUCCAUUUUUAAGAAGGUAGGAGGUGGAUGAAGUGAAAGGGUUUAACAUUAAUUUACCGGUAACCCCCUCCCCUUGCUCCUCCCCCACACGCUGCUGAAUGGUUGCUGUGGAGGGAGGAGGGGACAGUGAUGGGGAGUGCUCCAGGUUCUGGUAAGGGGAGGGGGGGACUAUCGGGGCUGGGUUGUAUGCCAUGGAAACUGAGCAAGCAGAAACGGGGUGGAGCCGAGAGUGGUGGGACGGGGGGUGAGGCGGAUUUAACAUCGGAUCUGCCCCUCUCGCCACCCCCACCCCCUCCCAUCUACCAUGAGAAGCAGCGCCGUGAGCUGUGUGCUCUGCACGCGCUCAAUAACGUCUUCCAGGACGGGACAGCUUUCAGCAGGGACACGCUGCAGGAGAUCUCCCAGAGGCUCUCUCCCAGCACUUUGGUAACACCACACAAGAAGAGCAUGCUGGGUAACGGCAACUACGAUGUCAACGUCAUCAUGGCCGCCCUGCAAACACGUGGAUAUGAGGCUGUGUGGUGGGACAAGCGGAGGGAUGUGUCCAACAUUGCCUUGCCCAAUGUGACAGGCUUCAUUUUGAACGUGCCCUCCAACCUGUGCUGGGGCCCCCUGCGCCUCCCCCUCAAACGGCAGCACUGGAUUGGUGUUCGGGAGGUGGGCGGGGUCUACUACAACCUGGACUCUAAGCUACGCUGCCCUCACGCCAUUGGCCCCCCUGAUGAGCUCAGGAAGUUCCUGCGUCGCGAGCUACGAGGGAAGAACUGUGAGCUCCUGUUGGUUGUGCCAGCUGAGGUUGAAAUUCAGCAGACGUGGAGGUCUGACACCUGUUGAAUAUUUUGGCUGGCUUUUUGGAGACACCGUCCAGCUGCUGCACAGGUUUGGGGUGUGAAUAUUUCAGCAGGUGGGGCUCUUACUGAGACAGUCAAGGGGUCACACUUUCUUCUGUUUCCCCUCCCACUGCCGAACUUGGACCACUGAGACCUGAAGCAGCAAAGGAGUCGGGCACCCACAGACACUCACACAAUUGAAAACACACUACACAUGGAUUUAUGGACAUUGAGACUGGUGUUUUGUCUGACAGUACUUUUUAAAAUGUUUUUCAAUGUUGAAUGUUUUUUUUGUUUUUCUUCAGUUUGUGGUUUGAAAGGGGGAAGCCUGGCUGUGUGUCAGUACUUCUGUCUCUGCCUGUUCUCUCUCUUUCUGCACUGUCACUUUUUCCCCAUCUUUACCGUCAUCCUGUCGUCUUUUUCAUCUUUACAUCUGCUUACACAUCUCUCAGAUUUUCUCGUGCUAUUUUCCUGAAUCUGUCCUCCUUCACUCCUUAAUGGCGUAAUAGAAACCACUCCCCUGAGACUCGUAUGCCCAGUCAGUCAUGUCUCUGUUCUCAUUGGUUGGCUGCCUCCCUCUUAACUGUCUAACCCAGCCAGCCCUAGGACUAUAAUUGGCACAAUGCAAAAACGCGUUAUAAUCCCGGAAUACAUUAAGGAGCAUUUAACAGUCCAGUUAGUUAUGCCCAUUCGUAUAUGCUCUAAUAAAUUGUGUGGAUCCUGUAGCACAUUACCUGGAUGGAUGAAACAAGAGACCCUUGCCAUUUGCUGGGGAUACAUUCUGCAGAUCUAAGGCGAAUAAUCUGAGAAUGCUCUGUCAAUGAUGAGGUCUUGUAUGGAAAGGGGACACACAACCAUCCCAUUUUCCAUAUAAAAACAAUGUAAUAAAGAUGGUUGAUUUGUGUAAUCAUGUAAUGAUGCUAUUAAUAGCUGUAAUAUGUAAAAUGAAUGUAAGAGAGUGUGGGUUGGUGUAAGGCUCUGUGGCCCAGGAUCAAAAAGUGAAGCGGAGAACAGGGAGGGAGUGCAAAUAUUGCAAACGGCAAGGGUCUAACUGUUAAUUCCUUUUAGUUUCUUAAACUGAGGCUCCAUCAUCAUGUUCUCGUACUGCAGUCUGCAGUUGUGUUAUGGUUCCACGUAUGUUUGUGCUGUCCAAAGGUUGGGAAUCAUGUCUGAAUAUAUACAAGCAGGUGUCUGAUGUAGGUGCUGCGAAUGGAAGUGUAUGUACCCAGACAAAUAACUACCCACCUGAAAUACAGUGUGCUACAGUGGAAACAUUGUCUGUGUCAGUGACGGUUAUCAAAGAAAGAUUUAGUUCUGAGGUUGACGUGAAGUUGUCGGCAUAGCUACAGGUGCUAUGGGAACUGUAAUGAAAGCUCGAACGUGGCUGAAGUGACAAUGGAAGAUAGGUGGGAGAGAGCAAUGUAUAAAAAAAUGGUUCUGCAGUUAUGCAGAGAUGAAGGUGAAAAAGGACAGUGGAUAAUAUGAAUGAAAGGAAAGGAGAAAAAAGAAGAAAAUAUGGCCGGGUUCAAACUGAACACAGCGGUCUGAAGUAAUAUCUGUUAAUAUUUGUUGUUACAGUUAUCUGUCAAAUGACCUUAAGGAGCUGAGGAUGUGAGACAGCCUUAACAUAUCUACAGACAAUGCAUAAAAUACUCCUCACUGUGUUCCUUGUCGGCACAUAGUGUGCCACAGAGUGUGGCCAAAAGGUCCAUUCUUUGCACACUGAGGUGCAUUGGGAAUGAGCUGACUUCAGAGCAUUUUGUUUCCAUUGAACUAUUUUGUGAGGACAGUCUACCCUGCUUUUUACCUCAUUUUCCUUCUCUCACUCGCAGCUUUGCCUUCCACCUCUUCUGUUUAAGGAGACGG